AGCCUUACAUGGUGAAAUGCCAGCAGGCUCUGACCUAAGACUAGAAAAGAGAGGAAGAUGCAGAGUGAGAGAAACAACUUGACUGAUACAGAAAGCCACAGCAGGCCAGAGAAAACAGACAAUGCCUCUGCUGCCAGUCCAGACCAAAGAGGAUGGCGAUGAAGAUGGCUGCUGCCUCCACCAUCGCUCUGCUCCUGCUCUGCUUCUCUGCCAUCUCCUCCACAGAUUCUCAGGUGGCGUGCGACCGCUAUGCUGCAAUAGGCGACAACAUUACUCUGCCUCUGUCCUACAAACUGGACGAGUCAGAUAAACUGAGAUGGAUGCACAACGAUGUUGUAAUCUUAAAUCGAAGAGGAACUCUCAAAAUUGGUGGGAGCAAAGAUGUUUAUGAAAAUGGAUCCCUGAAGCUGACAAAUCUGAUGAAAGACGAAUCAGGGCUAUACAAACCUGAAGUUAAUGCUGGUUCAGAAGGACUAUACAUAAAGGGUCUGGAAAACAUACAUUUAUGUGUGUUGGCUCGUGUCCCGCUGGCUAAAGUGGCAACUGAAUGUCAGCCGAACGGAUUUGUCAAAUUUACCUGCAAAGUUAAUACGAACAUGCAGGCCGAGGAUAUCAAAUUUGGAUGGCUUAAGAACAACGAGGUGCUGCCAAAGGAGACAAAUAAAAUUCUGACACUAGUAGCCAAAGAGGUGGAAAAAGAUUCCUUCAGCUGCAACGUUUCCAACGUGGUCAGCUAUACGAUCUCUGCACCUGCUACACAAUUGUGCUUCAAGCGCAAGCCCCUUUUCCCUGACAGCAUAUUCGGAAUUAACACCUGGAUUUUUGUAGGCGCUGGAGGAGGUAUUGUUCUGGUGCUGAUUAUCGUCGUUAUCGUUUGCUGCAUCCGCACCAAACGGAAGAAAAAAAUGCAAAUGAAGGAAGAGGGGGAGCUUCGUUUGGCGUGGACCAAUGAGCAAGAACAGCGGCAACAUCAACAUAGUCACCCUCCCGAUCAUCCUCAUCAUCAUCAACAUAACCAUCCUCCAGAUCAACGUCAUCACCGUCACCACCACGAGAAGCAGCCGGCCGGCCACACCGGUCCUCGCCAGCCGCGCUCCAAACAGAACCGCGACCAGCAGCGCCCCCGAGCCCCCGACAACCCCAAGGGUCACCCUCAGCCCAGCCCCAGAAGACCUGCACAGGCGCCCAAACCAGUUGACAACGUCGACGAGGAGCAGCCUCCUCCUCUUCCUCAGCCCAGGAAGAAAGCUGCCAAAGCACAGAGAGUGUGACGCCAUGUGAGUGUUGGAGUUUAGAAAACGUAAUCACUCCUCUUCUUUUCUGGUUUCACCUGCUCUUCUUAUUUACAUUUCUCUCCUCCCUUACUUCUCUAUUGAUGUUUUCUGUUUCACUGAAGAAGAUGAAUUCAUUCAAACUCAGGCAGGAAGUGCACAUGAAAGACUCUUCAGUCGGCGUUAAACAUCAUGAUUUCACCAGGAUGUGGUGAAAAUCAAUUUGAUCAAACUUAAUGUUUUUAAUAAGUGGUUUAUUAUAACUAAAGCAAAGUUAAAGUUGUUAAAGCUGAAGUCAAACUAUGAAUCUUCAUUGCAACAUUGUAUGUCAUUUUUUAGUCAUCAUAAUAUUUUGAUUAUACGAUUAACUACAUUUUCUCAAACUAUCAAACCACUAUCUCACUAUUACAAUUGAAUUACUUUAUUAUAUGUGAUAACAAAUGAUGACUGGAACUGGAACUUUUUUGAUGUGGGUUGUAUGUAUACUCCUGCGUUCUGCCAGGUAAAAUGACUGUUUUUGUGAAUGGAGUCUGGUGGCUUUGAAGAGGGCGAUAUAAAGGCUCCAGUUCCCCGUCGGAAAGGGCUGUCUGACGACGGUAGAGCAGCAGGAAAACAUAUUUUAGCCAUCUAAAAAUAAUCAAUAUCGGUUUACAUGUACGCUAUAUUUAGAAUGUUUUCACCGCUAUACCACGCCGUCAGACAGCCCUUUCCAACUUGGAACUGAAACCCUUAUAUUGCCGUAAUUUUACCUCACAGAACACAGGCGUUGCUGGUCUACCGCCGCCUCGAUCGGUUAGUUUGUUUGUGUUAUUUUAUAUAACAAUCUGAGAGCUGUCAGUGGCAAAAACAAGCACUUUCAGUGGACG